AUUAAGAAGAAAGCCUCACUUUUUUUUAAGGCUGCCCUUAAUCUUAAUCUUAUCCAUUCUACUUAGGAUAUAUGCACCAAAUUAACUUAGAAACAAAGCACUCAUGAAAUUUUUCCUUUCAAAAUUCUUCAAGAUGAAUAGUAAUGUUACAUUUUGGGCCAUUUUCCUUGUUAUAAAUGUUAUUUUCUUGGAUUUUGCCCAUGGUUUAUCUGUGAAAAAUGUGAUUGAUUCCCCUCUAUUAACAGAUAAAAUUGCCACUAAUCGCACAAUUAUAGUUGAUGUUAAUGGGCAAGGGAACUUUAAAUCUGUUCAAGCUGCAAUUAACUCAGUUCCAGAUGGGAAUUCUGAUUGGAUCAUCAUCCAUGUUAGAAAAGGGACUUACAGAGAAAAAGUCCAUGUACCACCCAAGAAGUCCUACAUUUUCAUGAGAGGCAAUGGAAAAGGAAAGACAUCAAUUGUAUGGUCAGAAAGUUCCACUGAUAACACCAAAUCUGCUACUUUCAAAGUUGAAGCUCCUAAUUUUGUUGCCUUUGGCAUUAGCUUCAAGAACCAAGCACUCAAUGGUGUAACGUCAACCUCACAAAACAACACAUCAGUAGCAGCAUUGGUGGGAGCAGACAAAGUUGCCUUCUAUCAUUGUGCAUUUUUGAGUACUCACAACACUCUAUUUGACUACAAAGGCAGACACUAUUAUGAUGAUUGUUACAUUCAAGGUUCCAUAGACUUCAUAUUUGGCCGUGGUAAAUCCUUAUUUCAAAACUGUGAGAUAUUUGUAGUUGCAGAUAGAAGGGUUGAGAUUCGUGGUUCUGUGACAGCACAAAGUAGAUAUAGUGCCAAAGAGAACAGUGGCUUUGUGUUUGUGGAAGGGAAAGUGUAUGGCAUUGGAGGUGUGUACUUGGGAAGAGCCAAAGGGGCAUAUUCAAGGGUUAUUUUUGCAAAAACUUACUUGUCUAAGACAAUUGUACCUCAAGGCUGGACUAAUUGGAGCUCUCCUGGAUCAACAAAGAAUUUAUAUCAUGGUGAAUACAAGUGCCGUGGACCAGGGUCUGCCAUAGAAGGUCGUGCUUCAUGGUCAAAACAACUCAAUGACAAAGAAGCCAUGCCAUUCACCUCCAUAGAAUUUAUCCAAGGCAAAGAAUGGCUUCCAGCAUGGAUUUAAUUCAAGUUAAAUCACUUGAAGAUUAACAUAUAUAGAAGUUAAUCUGAUGAAGAUUAAUUAGAACUAUAAUAGUAGUAUUAUUAGCCAUGAAGUGCUUCUUGUAGUAGUGUUUUAUGAUGCCUCUGGCUAAAUACUUUUUGCUUAUUGAAAUUGUUAAUUAGUAGUAUAAGUAAAUUAUUGCUAGUUUAAAAGUACUAGGAUGAUGUUAUUGGCGGAUAUAAUUUGAAUUCUUAAA